CAACAACAAAUGUAAAGCGAAGAACCUAUUUUCAUCAUUACAAAACACAAAAAAGUGUAAAAAAAUAACUGCGUAAAUAUUUUGAAUUAGCCUUUUAACAAAAAAAAAUGCUGAAAAUAAGUAUAUACAUCUGAAAUGUGUACGAUUUGAGUUUAAAAUUUGAAGCAAUAGGUGUAAAAGUGAUUGCGAAAUACGCAGCAAACAAAAUCGAAUGCACAUUGCUUUGGCCCCCACUACAGGAACACCAGCAGCAGCAGCAAUAGCAACAACAAUAACAAAAGCGGACGAACGCCAGUGUUGCACAACCUUCAGAAAAAUUGCUGAGUGAAUUUACACAUUUACUUACAUACAUAUGUAUAUCAGUGUGAUUGUUGUUUAGUGUUCAAUUUUAAUACAUAUACUCCAGUUGUGUGCCUUCUUUUUGUAAUGCAACGCAAUUAAGGAAGUCAACGUCACAGCUCAUAUCAGUCCAUGCCACAGCGCAGUUAACGUCAAUGCGUAUGGCGGAAGCAGCGCCAGCGCCAGUCACAGCUACAUCAUCAACAACAACAACAGGCAACAACAAUAAUCGUAUAACAGUAACAACAAAGACGGCUGCGCUCAUUUAGAGUCUCGAGCGAACAACAAUCAUACCAAAGGCACAACACUCAGACGGAGAUUUUAUUUGAACAGCAACUGUCGCACUCAUACAAUCAGAAUUUACGCAACUACAAGUCAAAUGAAAAAUGUGUUGAUCUCCUUGCAAGCGUUGCAAACAAUUUCUCUGUGACACACCGAGCAUCCAUCGAAGCCACCAGUCCCUCAGCGUAAAUACUAACAACCUUCAAGUAAAUCAGGAACGAUGUCGUUCUCCGAUUUUGAUGCCAUCUACGAGGAUGAGCAGCUGGAUGACCUGGAGCAUUUCCAGGAUCAGACAGUGAUGCCAGUGCCCGAACCAAUUAUCAUACGAGGCGCGGGCAACAUGACCGUUUUUGGUCUGAGCAAUCGGUUUAAUGUCGAGUUUCCCUGCGGCUUGCUAUCGCGCGUUGCGCCGGAGGAAUUCAAAGCGACCAUCGGUCGCAUCAAUGGCAUAUUAAAGAAGACCCUGCCCCUGAAUGUCAAGUGGCUCUUUUGCGGCUGCGUUUGUUGUUGCUGCACCCUGGGCUGCUCUCUCUGGCCGGUCAUAUGUUUGAGCAAACGCACGCAAUUGACACUGGAUAAGCUGCUCGAGUGGGAAAAUAGUCAUUUAUAUCAUAAGCUCGGCCUGCACUGGCGUUUACAUAAGCAACAAUGUGAUUCCAAUUCCAUGAUGGAGUAUGUUAUUUUAAUUGAAUUUAUACCCAAGACGCCCAUCUAUCGGCCCGACUAAAUAUAUAUAUAUAUAAUAUAUAUAUACGCAGUGUGGAUCAUUGCAGUCGUAGGGGCAAUCGUUUGGGAGGGGUGUUCAUUAAGGGGGGCCUCUAAUCGUAAUUGUAAAAUAUAAAAAAACAGAAAAGAAAAAAACACUAAAAAAAA